CAAGAUGGCGGCGGCGCGGCCUCAGCUCUGCCGGACGACAGCGGGGCGGGAGGGAUGUUGCGAGCGGCACUGUGCCGGGUGUCGACGCUGGUGAGCCGCGUGCGGCCCCGGGGGCCGGGUCUGAGGCAGCUGUGGGGGUGCGGAGCCCGCCGGGAAGCCGUGGGGAAAAUACGGGCCCGGGUCUGCGGCUGGCGGCGCUCGAGCUCCAAGCCUGGGCCCAGGACGGCGCACUAUCAGCUCGUCUACACCUGCAAGGUCUGUGGGACUCGCUCCUCCAAGCAAAUCUCCAGGCUGGCUUAUCACCAGGGUGUGGUCAUUGUAACCUGCCCCGGCUGCCAGAAUCACCACAUCAUUGCAGACAACCUGGGCUGGUUCUCUGACUUGGAUGGGAAGAGGAACAUCGAGGAAAUCCUGGCGGCCAGAGGGGAGAAGGUGCACCGCCUGGCUGGUGGUGGGGCCCUGGAGCUGCUUUUAGAGGCUGCGGAGGCCCCCGAAUCUCCUGCUGCUACGGAAGGGGAUGAGGACCAGGACCCCCCCAGCCCUGGCAAGACAGAGCGUGGCUGACCCUGCCCCACCCUCGAGGAGGGGCCGCGUCGCUCACACUUGCCUGUUUCUCUCAAUAAACAGACACCACGU